AUGCAAUUCAAAAAACUAUCUCUUUUUAUUACUCUCGCCUUUGGUACACUUGCCGUGUUAGCCCAACCAGAGGUUUCAGCUGAUGAAGCACAACCAGCUGAUCAAGGACAACCAGGAGGAAACAAAGCCGAUAUUGGUGCCGUUGCUACGGAUGCUCAAAAGGACACGUGUUUUGAUCAAUGCAAUGACCAAGGUAUCAAGGAAUCGUUCCAAUGCUAUGAAAAAUGCUUGAAAAACGCACUUGCAGGUGGUCCUCCUGAACCACCUGCUCCAAAAGUUGGCACACCCGUCGGUACACCAGAGCAGAGAAAAACAUGCUUCAAGAAAUGUGAAGAGGAGCUUAUCCACCAAGGUGAAAACUGCUAUGUAAAGUGCUUGGACGAGGUGACUGGUGGUGCAGCAAGCGGUGGUGCAGAGGCUGGUGCUAAAGGUGAUGCUUCAAACGCCGGUGGUGCUUCAAACGCUGGUGGUUCUGGUGAUGCAGGACUUGAGGCACCCGAAGCUCCUGCUGCGUAA